AUGUCAGCCUUCCGCCAACCAGUGCGCCUGGGUUCAAGCUUCCUCCGGCCCUUCCUCCGCAAUUCCCCCCGAACCACCUUCCAGCCCUCCUACAAUCGCUUCGCCUCCGGAGACUACGGCAGCGGCGAAGGCAGCCCCGUCGGCGAGAACCCACAAGACCAGGGUAAGAGCCAGCUCUCCAGAGACCUCGAGCACCCCGGUGCCAAAGCUCCCGAUACUAGCUCCUCGAAAGGCCAAGAGUCGCAGCAGAGCAAGCCGUCAUCAUCGUCUCCCGGCACUAGAGACAAGAAGCAAGGGAAAGGACCGCAGCCCAAAAUCCAUAGCGAGAGCCCGCCAGAUGCGGAGAGUGAGGAUGUGAAGAAGCACAAUGACGAGAUGGCGAGGAGGCAUGAUAAGCCGAAUGAGCAGAUCAAGGAGGAGACGUCGGAUGAUGAUAAGGUAGAUCGUGGGUUCUGGUCUGGAGCUGGUGGGAGAAGCCAGUAG